CCUACAGUGGAUGGUUGCACGACCAAGGCCAUGAUGACUAAGUUGUCUACUACGCUGUCUUAGCAAGAAUGAUGCCACUGUUGUGGUGUCUGUAUCAACUAUCAAUUUAUUUCUGUGUCAAUGUCGAUGCACACUUCUGUCUUGUAUCAAUAUUUUGGUUUUCUCCAAUGUUUUCGUUACUCUUUCAAUGUUUCUGUUGUUUUAAUCUGAUGCUGACACCAAAUCAAUAUGAUUUUGAUAUAAUGUAUAUCUAUGUUCAACUUUGUCACUGUUAAUAUGUUUCUAUUUUUAGUAUGUGGUCAAUGCCAGUUUUAUGUACAGUUUCUUAUUCAAAGUUUCUUCUUGGUAUAUAAUAUAGCUAUGCAUACACUCCAAAUUCACAACAAUUAAAUUAUUAUAUUAAAGUUAAAUAAAUAAAUAAAAUAAAUAGAAUAAAUAAAGCUUCAAUUCAUCAAAGUGUCACAUAUGUCACUUAUAAACUAUAGUCUAAUGUCACACAUUUCAACAAUGAUGUCACACAUUUCUCUACUGAUGUCACACAUUUCUCUUAAAGUGUCACAAUCUGCUCCCAAUACCAUACUGUUAACUACCUACGGAAUGCCUGCCCUAUGUUCCCUAUGUAUUGAGGUGUUCCCAAAAUCACAUCAAAGUGUUCAGUGUUCACAAACUCACUACCAAUAUCAUAAUGUCACAAUUGUGAUAUCAUAUGCAACUGUUCCAUCUUCUCUUCACUUGAAGGCACUCAUAUAUGUACAGUGCAGCAUCAUUUAUGAGCUGACAUGUGUGCUCCUACUAUAAACAUCUUCCAGUUAUAUUGCACUUCUUGGCGAUGUACUUCAGGGCUCACUAUAGUUUGCUGCACCACCGAGUGUCAGCACUGCACCAAUGUACAUGAAGGUUACCCGCCGGUGCCUCUAGCUCCUAUGAGGCCUUGCCGGCUAAGAUGGAUUCGACAGCCGUAAUCCCCGGAAAAAACAGACUUGUAAAAGUUCCUUUGGAAUGUUAGGAGCCUACCAAGCUCUUGCAAGCUGACUACUG